AUGAAAUUAGCAAGUGGACUGUGAAGUCGUGAGCGCUAUAUUGGCCGUAUACGUACGAAAGUAAAUUGCUGAGAUUAACCGUCUUGCGUGACAACUAGCUGAGCAACUUUCUCUCUUGCAUGUGCGGAUAGUUUUUGUGAGGAUUUGACCUCUCGAGGUCUUGAAAAAAUAUCUAUCGUAUCUGAUAUUUUUCACCUCGUGAGGAAAAAAUCUCAACGUCCGCGGAUGUUGCGAGCUAAGUGCUGAGCUGCUUGAAUCAAUUAGCCAAUGAGAAACCAUAGUUUCUUCAUGUGACUUUGAACGAAAUGGAGGAAAAUGCAAACGAUUUUGUCAAUUAUGUUGUUGUUGAGUAGUUUUCCCAACGUGCGCGAUGAAAAUGUAUAGCUGAGAGCCGCCAUUCGAGGCGGAUAACUCAGCAAGUUUCACUCGUGUACGGAAAACUACUCAAGCACAACAUAAUUGACAAAAUCGUUUGCAUAUUCCUCCAUUUUGUUCAAAGUUACAUGAAAAAAUUAUGGUUUCUCAUUGGCUAAUUGAUUCAAGCAGCUCAGUACUAAGCUCACUACAUCCGCAGACGCUGAGAUUUUUUCCUCGUGAGAUGAAAAACAUCAAACACGAUAUAUAGAUAUUUUCCUCGAGGCCUCAAGAGGACAAAUCCUCACGAAAACUAUCCGCACACGAGAGAAGCUUGCUGAGUUAGCUGCUGGUUUAGAUGACGGUCGCAAGCAUCGUAGGUCGAAGGAAGCUGACGAUUCUGCAUGUUAAUAUCUUGGGUUUAGUGCAUGUUAUAAAGAUAACAAUAUCACCAUUCGAUUCAAUGAAACAAUAUCAACUAAUUCUUAACGAUAGUUUUAAGUCAAAGUCAACAUUAUAGCGAUUUAUGGCCUCUGAAGUGUAUUCAGGGCAGUAGCUAAGAAGAUAAAAAAGGGGAUGGUGUGUAGAAUCGCACUAAUAUUUCCCCCCCAAAAUUGUUGACGAGCGGGGUGGGGGGGGCAGGGAGGUCGCCGGUCGUCGAAUUUUUUUCCGGACAUACAAACAUUUUUCCGGACAUAUCGUAAUUUUUCCGAACAUAUCAAAAUUUGUUCAUUUCCCCCUUAAUUUUAGCAAAUUUAGCAAAAUUUUUCCUAUAGCUAUUACUUUCUAUUCCGAGCCACACAAAUAUUUUCGCUGACUACGAAAACAAUUUGCCGAUAAAUCCGAAAGCAAUUUUCCGAGUCUUGCAGACAUUUGCCGAGUCCGUGAUGAAUGGAGAGUGUUACACCCCCUCUAGCUACGCCCCUAAGUGUAUUAUAAAAUUGCGCAAUAUUACUCAAUAAAUAUAAACUAGCCAUACCGUAUAUACCUUUCGCCGAACAUAACUUUGGCCCCUUGGAUCGUAUCGUGUUCGUAAUAGUUGACCUGCAUCUAAAGACGAAAGCGGACUUAUAUUCAUUUAUGCAAUGUUCUUUCGUCAAAAUCCCGCUGAAUUCGCUAGGAAACAUCGUUGCUUCUCGGCAAGCAAUUUUUGUUUCCACAACAAUGUUUCCACAGGUAGGCAAACAGGGAAACAUUUAGGAAACAACAAAUUCACAAAUGUUUCCACAACAAUGUUUUCUAGUUUGCUCAGGGCUUAAAUUUCCGUGUUUGGGUCGAUGGCCUGAUCCAAACACGGGUUUCGACCAAUCAGAGCACGCGUUAUAUAUACAUGUUAUUUUAUAAAUCAAAUUACUCUGCUUACUUCAAUUUGUGCCGUCUUAACAUUAAAUACCAAUUACAAUAUGCUCACUGGCAAAAAAAGCACUGUCGCUCAAAUAUUUUCUCUGUCAAAGUGACAAAAAAACAAAAAAGCGGCGGUCAAUGUUCUAAAAUCGAUCACCGGGGUCUUUGAUCGGUGACCGGCCGUUUUUGCAGCCACCUCUGUCACCGUUUUCCGGGACAUGAUAAUGCUUUUGGAGUCGAUUCAACUCUUUGAAAUUUACAGUAUACAAAAUAGUGUAAGCUAGAAAAUACAUGCAUGCAGCAACGCCUCGCUUUUCUUAACAGAUGAAGUAUAACAACCCCACAUAAAGUAUUAAGACCAUUAUAAACAAACAUAAAAACACAAUUGAUGCGCUAGCUUUAUAAUUAUAAUGAACGAUAACAUUAACGUGCAAUUUCAUGCAUACCAGCUUGCAUUAAAGUGAAUUAUCGAGUUAAGAAUGGCUUAAAAAUUUCACAGAUAUGAGUAAAACCGACAACACAAAGCAAGUACGGCAUGGAAUUUUACCACUGAAAUGUUUACACUUACCCAACCGGCACAGCAACGAUUAAAUUAUCAAAGACAUUAGACAUCAACGUCAAAACAUCAAAACAAUUAUUAUACAAACUUUGUUUCACUGUUGAACAGCCACUAAUUCAUGAAACUCACAAACUACAAGCUUAUUUCCAGUUAAAAUCGAGAAAAUAACCGUUUUGUACUUUUGUAAACUUUUUAACGAAAUUUAAAACAAAAAAUUGCUGUAAAACAGCAAAAUACGUCCUUUCAAAAUGAACAGCAAUUACUUCGACAGAUUUUGUACUCGCGCAUGCGCAUAACGUCGAGAACCGUCUAUGACAUAAACAAAAUGGAGGACAACUUUGCACUCCGCUAUGUUUUCACAUACCCGGGUAUAAUUAGCCGUGCGGAAUUAGUACCCUUGCACGGCGUUUCGCGCCGCCGGCUCGGGGAUAAAUUGUUUAUUGUCAAUAUUCUAAACAGUUUUCAUUCUUAUCUUAUACUUAAUAGAUCACUCACGGACCGCUUUCAGAUAAAUUUUACAUCACUGAACAAACUAGUUUUCAUCUAUUUAUCUCUUCGUCUCCUGACGGAUGGCGUGGAAGAAUUUCUAAUCCUACCAACUGCUUGGUAUUACAUCAAGAAUCUUGGAGAGACAAAUACAUUUCUUGGUUUCACCCUAGCUGCUUAUUCAGCAGGAACGUUGGUGUUUGCACCAUUUAUCGGACUUCUGGCAGUUAAAUGCGAAGCAUCAAAGUCUCUCGUUGUCAUGUGUGGUUUAGUGAAAUUAUUUGGUAAUGUUCUGUACUCGAUACCCGUCAAUGGAUAUUUCCCUUUGUUUGGGAGAUUCAUAAGUGGUAUAGGUGAAGGAACAACGGGAGUGCUCUAUGGAGCCGUGACAAAGUGCACUACUAACGAAAAUCGUGCAAAAGCAUUUUUAUAUUUCGAUGGUCUCUACUGUAUUGGCGAAGUAUGUGGUCCAGCAAUUGGAAGUCUUCUCAUAUUCAACUUCAAUAUAUUAGGUGGGAUAUAG